UUCUAUCAAUCUUUUUCAUUUAUAUAUAUUCUACCUUCUUUUGAUGUAUUUAUUACUCAUCUCAUUUAUCAUCACUUUGCUUUUUAAAAAUAUCUGAAUAUUCUUCAUGUUAGUGUAAAAAUAUAUGCAUCAGUUUUAUUAAUCAAUAUAAUUAAUAAUAGUGAAUAGUGAUUAUUUGAGGAUUGAGGAUUACUUGAACAAAUAUUUACCUGUCAUCCAAUAAUUCAAACAAUUUAUGUAACUUGUUGUGCGGGCGGCUUUUUCUAAUGUAUCUAUUGAAAUUUUCAGAAAUAUGAAUCAUUGCAAUUUUUGUUGCUACUAACAUUUAUAUUCUAGGACAUCUGACAAUGGUAACUGAAUUUCGAAAUGAAAUGGUUCAAGUCUCUAUGUUGUGCUGAGAAUUUGAACUAAACAAUGUAUUGUGACUACAAUCCAAGAACUUGCUUUGUUAUUUGUCAUUUGUCAACAUAAUUUUUAGAGCUAUCUUGAUCUUACUUUGAACGUCUGAGAUCUUCUUUUGCUAUUUCAAGUUAGAAAAAUGUUACAUCAUUGUUAUUUCAGUAACUCUCUUGCAAUUUAGACUAUUUAUUUGUAAAUGGUUGAAAUAGAACAUGAAAUGCAGAGUACUACAGUGUACGGGUAAAAGGGACAUUAGAGUAAUCUAUUAUCAUAUCAGUGAUAAAAGGGAAACACGAUAGGUCAGUUACUCAGUUACUCAACUCUCCACAAAAAAAAAAAAAAAAGGAAAAAAUCUGGAUUUUCUUCACAGCCGAGGAAAUUGUUACUCCAGUGCUCAUCAAUCAUAUUAUAAUGACUGCAUAAUGAUCAACCAUAAUGUGAAUAAACAAGACUUUUGAAAUUGGAGGUUAGAUUGAUUGGGAAGCAAUUUUCUUCAUAUUUUAAGGCCAGGGUGUUCAAUAUCCCCACUUAUGGCAAAGGUUGGGUUCUGGUAAAUGAAGUUCGAAACAGUGUGUUAAUGCACCUAUCACCAGUGGAAGAAAUCUACUAAGGGAGGAGGAAGUUACUCUUUUCAGAUCCAUGACUGAGUGGAUAGGUACACAGAGGCCAAACCUAAAAUUGGAUGAAUUGUCAGGGAAUGCAGGGGUACUUAUUGGAAUAUCAUGUUCUCAUUAAAAAAUUUUAGCACAUGCAUAUCGCUUGAUAUGUUUGGUUCAUUAUGCAUGGUGCAAAUGAUAAAUGUGCCCAGACUUUUCUCUGUAACUUCUUUCAUAUGCCUCUUGGUUUAUUCUUGUGAUCCUUUUAAUUACCUAGGUGGAGGAUGCCUUUAUCCUUGGGCCUAUCUUUGUGACUUAGUGUUUCUGAGGGGAAGAACUGAUAGUUUUGCUCUUUUAUUAUUCUUCUUCUUGUUCCAUGUUUUUUGCUCUGGUUUUUAGAUAUGCUUUUGACUCAAUGUCUAUUAUCUGUUGGCUGGAAGAAGCAAUUAAUUGCAGAUCUAGUAAAGAUACAACAUGAUGGGACUGUAGAAGUUGAUAUAGAGAAAAAUUCCCCUGCUGCUUCGGAACUGUUAAAGCUUCAUCCUGCCUUGGAAGGGACAUCUGUCAGAGUUGAUGGUGUCAUUUCUGAUUCCGUCAAAUUGAUUCCAAGGCUGAAGAUUGCAAUACUUGUGGUUGGAACAAGAGGAGAUGUGCAGCCUUUCUUGGCCAUUGCAAAGAAGCUUCAGGAAUUUGGGCAUCAUGUUAGGCUUGCCACUCAUACUAAUUUCAGCAACUUCGUGAAGUCUGCUGCUGUUGACUUUUAUCCUCUUGGUGGUGAUUCUCGUGAUUUGGCUGAAUAUAUGACCAGAAAUAAAGGUUUCAUUCCAUCUGGACCUGGAGAAAUAUCUUUAGGAAGGAAACAUCUAAACGUCGUUAUAGAGUCCAUACUUCCCGCUUGCACGGAACCAGAUCUAGAAACUGGGACGCCUUUUAUGGCUCAGGCAAUUAUUGCAAACCCUCCUGCUUAUGGACAUACAGAUGUUGCUGAAGCUCUUCGUGUACCUUUGCAUUUCUUCUUUACAAUGCCUUGGACGCCUACAAAUGAAUUUCCUCAUCCAUUGGCACGUGUACCCCAAAAUACAGGUCAUUGGCUUUCUUUUAUCGUUGUGGAAUUAUUGAUAUGGUGGGGAAGGAGGAGAUGCAUUAAUGACUUCAGGAGCAAGAAGUUGAAGCUUGCUCCCAUUUCAUAUUUUAGUACAUAUCGCAGAUCAAUUUCUCAUUUACCUACGACCUAUAUGUGGAGUCCCCACGUUGUACCAAAGCCAAAAGAUUGGGGACCUUCAGUUGAUGUUGUUGGCUAUUGUUUCAUGGAUCUUGGAUCCAAGUAUCAACCUGAAGAUGUGGUCAUUCAGUGGAUGCAAAAAGGAACAAAGCCCAUAUACAUAGGAUUCGGGAGCAUGCCUCUUGCUGAGCCUAAAAGGACAACUGAUAUCAUAUUGGAGGCACUAAAGGAUACAGGGCAAAGAGGAAUAAUUGACCAUGGUUCGGGAAACCUAGGCACUUGUACAGAAGUUCCUGAAAAUGUUCUCCUUGUACAAGAUUACCCCCAUGAUUGGUUAUUUCUUCAAUGUUUAGCUGUGGUUCAUCAUGGUGGUGCUGGCACCACAAGCACCGGACUUAAAGCUGGGUGCCCUACAACCAUAGUACCAUUCUUUGGAGAUCAAUUUUUCUGGGGUGAGAGAAUACAUCAGAAAGGCCUAGGACCUGCACCUAUUCCAAUAUCUCAGCUAAAUUCUGCGAAUCUGUCGAAUGCUAUUAGAUUUAUGCUCCAGUCUGAGGUAAAAUGUCGGGCGAUGGAAAUAGCGGAACUUAUUCAAAGUGAAGAUGGUGUUGUGGCAGCCGUUGAUGCAUUUCACCAUCAUUUACCUCCAGAGUUGCCAAUUCCACCUCCAUCCAUAGAGGAGCAAGAACUCGCAAGCCCACUGCAGUGGGUUCUUCUUCAAAUCGAAAAGUGGUGCUGCCUUCCUUGUGGUUUAAGGCUUUGAUCCGCAAUGAUCACUACAUCUCAAGGAGCAAGACCUUUACGAGCAGCUGAUGGUGGCGGUGUGAGUGGUAACGAUGAUCUAAAAGUGCUGACUGCAG